GUCAGGGUAGCCGGCACUGGCGGGUUUGCUCACACCCCGGCUGGAGCGCCCAGCCGAGCCGAGCUCUCUGGACUCUCUGACCGGCCCUCGUUCCAAAGCUGCUGCAGCUUCGGUUCCGAGCCCCACGAGAACGGAACCCGAAUCCUGGCCCUAGAGGGUAUCGCUCUCUGCAGACCACUGGGACCCCGAAACUUGAACGCAAUUCCCAGUCCCUUUUUAAAUUUUUUCUUUUUUUUUUUUUUUGAUGCCUUUCUUUGUCAUUCCCCAGCUUUCUCGCACCGCGUUUUUUUCCCCCUUUUAAUUCUUCCUUCAGAGGACACAAAAGUGUCUUCCGCGGAAAGAUUUGGAGGCAGCGGGAGCUUUUCUCUUUGGAGAGCGAUUGUAUAGAAAGGAUUUUUGGGAAGCCGCUUUUUAACACCUCUACCCUCCUCCACACAAGCCUCUCUGUAGCACUUUUGAGGAGAAAAGCCCAUAGCUUGAAAGUUCAGGGAGGCAUUUUUCUGGGUGCUGUGGGAGAGACGAGGAGGACCCUGUCUGUCCUCGUCCUGGUAGUUGGCUGGACUUUUACCAGCCAUUGGAAACCCCRAAGUACAUUUCCGUGCGGAACUUUUGUAGAUAUGUAUUUUUAGAUUUUUAAAUAUCAGACCAAAAAGUAUAUAUGCUUUCUAUACAUUUCCUGACGACCUACCCCUGACAGCGCGAUGUACAAUACGGUGUGGAGUAUGGACCGCGAUGACGCAGACUGGAGGGAGGUGAUGAUGCCCUAUUCGACAGAACUGAUAUUUUAUAUUGAAAUGGAUCCUCCAGCUCUUCCACCAAAGCCACCUAAGCCAAUGACUUCAGCAGUUACAAAUGGAAUGAAGGACAAUUCCAUUUCUCUUCAGGAUGCAGAAUGGUACUGGGGAGAUAUUUCCAGGGAGGAGGUAAAUGACAAAUUACGGGAUAUGCCAGAUGGUACCUUCUUGGUCCGAGAUGCCUCAACAAAAAUGCAGGGAGAUUAUACUUUGACUUUGAGGAAGGGAGGCAAUAAUAAGUUAAUAAAGAUCUAUCAUCGGGAUGGUAAAUAUGGCUUUUCUGAUCCUCUGACAUUUAAUUCUGUGGUGGAGCUCAUUAACCACUAUCAUCAUGAAUCUCUUGCUCAGUAUAAUCCCAAACUCGAUGUGAAGCUUAUGUACCCAGUCUCCAAAUACCAACAGGAUCAGUUGGUAAAAGAAGAUAACAUCGAUGCAGUAGGUAAAAAACUGCAAGAGUACCACUCUCAGUAUCAGGAAAAGAGUAAAGAGUAUGAUAGGCUAUAUGAAGAAUAUACCAGAACAUCCCAGGAAAUACAGAUGAAGAGGACUGCAAUUGAAGCUUUUAAUGAAACUAUUAAAAUAUUUGAAGAGCAAUGUCACACACAAGAACAACACAGCAAAGAAUAUAUUGAGCGAUUUCGCAGAGAGGGAAAUGAAAAGGAGAUUGAACGAAUUAUGAUGAAUUAUGAUAAAUUGAAAUCACGUCUUGGAGAGAUUCAUGACAGCAAAAUGCGUCUAGAGCAGGAUUUGAAGAAACAAGCUUUGGACAACCGGGAAAUAGAUAAAAAAAUGAAUAGUAUCAAACCUGACCUGAUACAGCUGCGCAAGAUCCGAGAUCAGCAUCUUGUAUGGCUCAAUCACAAAGGAGUGAGACAGAAGCGCCUGAAUGCCUGGCUGGGAAUCAAGAAUGAGGAUGCUGAUGAGACCUAUUUUAUCAAUGAGGAAGAUGAAAACUUGCCACAUUAUGAUGAGAAAACCUGGUUUGUUGAAGAUAUCAAUCGUGUACAAGCAGAGGACUUGCUUUAUGGGAAACCUGAUGGUGCAUUUUUAAUUCGUGAAAGUAGCAAGAAAGGAUGCUAUGCCUGCUCUGUGGUUGCCGAUGGGGAAGUGAAACACUGUGUGAUCUACAGCACUGCUCGGGGAUAUGGCUUUGCAGAGCCCUACAACCUGUACAGCUCACUGAAGGAGCUGGUGCUCCAUUACCAGCAGACAUCCCUGAUUCAGCACAAUGACUCCCUCAACGUUAGGCUUGCCUAUCCUGUUCAUGCACAGAUGCCUUCACUCUGCAGAUAAAGAGGGAGUGGGAAGAGAGGUGGCUCUCUAGCAUUUUUUUCUACAGUUUUUAUUAGACUACGAUGAGGGCAUUCUUUCUACGUAGACUGCUUGUUUUGCACAAGAAGUGAAUCUGUGAAUGUGAAGUGGAAGUGGAGAGGCCGAGCAGUAGCUGGCCAGGAUGGGGGGAAUCAGGGGCCUGGGGUCUCUGGGACUCAGCUGUGCUGCUGCACUGACAUACUAACCUGGAAGCAGAUGUUGUUUUGGAAAGUCUAUUUCAUUGGGGUUUUUAUUUUUGUUUAGCCAGGCACCCUCUACAGAAACACUAGGCUUGAUGGGGURGAGGGUGGGAGUCGUACUUGGAAACAUCUGAAGAGUCCAUGUCCUCUUUUGUUCUUCAACUCUGAGAAUGCAGCAGAGACAUGGCUCUUUUGGGAGUUYAGAUUUGCUUUAGCAGUUUCUCUUCUCCCCCAAAAGAUGACUGUUUUGGUUCUGUGGUAGGAUGGGAUUUGGUUUAAAAAAAAAAAAACAACCAAAGCAAUGUAGGGAGGUUUGGGAUUUCAUUUAAAGAAUCUAAGUAAGGGGUAAAAAACUCCUUCAACUGAAGGUACUUUAUUUCUUACCAACAUAACUUAGGCUUCAGCGUCUCACUAUCUCCUCCCUCUAAAGAAGCAUUUAUGUUCAGACACCAGCAAAACAAUGUUUGUUGCCAGACUAAGGUCUAAGGAGAGAAAGUGGCACUAGUAGCUAAAUGCAUACUUCUGUACCAAAACUUGAAAAUAAGAAAACUAGAAAUGUGAGUUUUAGCAAACACUAAAACUGGUUGAUGUAUUUCCUUCUGCCCUGCCCUCGUUUCUCAGAUGAGAAAUAGCAUUCUUUUUGUGGGGAUAGUGAGCUUUGAAUCAUAAAACAAAGUUGGUGCUUGUGUGGUGUUUCCCUAGCCUAAAGAAUGAUCUGUUGUUUGAAACUUUUGUAACUUGUUUGUAURAGUAAAGAAAAGGUGCAAUCCAGUGCUUUUAGAUGGCUUGAUAUACCAAAUAAUGAUAUAGAACAACAUUCUUAYGUGUGCUUCCCCAAGUUUAAAGGCCCUGCAAAAAUACUAUAAAUGAUUUAAUUUCCUUUCAUCUACCCCUCCUUUGCUUUGGUAGGGCUCGGGAGCCUACUUGGCUAAGGAGGGGAAUCAGAUUGUGGUCAGGGACACCUCAGUAAAUCACAGACCCAGAGGCCCUGGUGUGCAGGGUGAGGGUCACGCCACAUUACACAUGUGCUUCCAUAUAGUGGUUUUGAAGCUUUUGCAGGGAGAAGAUGGCUUGGAGUUUAGACUGUUAGUAGAAGCCAUCUGGAAGCUUUUGUCUUUGCCUUUUUUGUGAUCCUGCCAUUAGGGCAAUGUGCACAGUCUGCCCUCAUGCUCCAGUGGCUGUAAUCUUAGGCCAGGAAUCUUCUGCUCCAUGUGGCUUAAGCCUUCCAGCUGAGUGAAGCUAGGCGAGCUGAGUGGAGGGCAGGCAUCAACUUCUGCCUCCAUUUUGCCCCACACUCUCCAGUCAGCAUUCAUUUGACAAAUAGAGUCCAGCUGCCUCUAAGCCAAUCCUGGAACCAUAGUGGGCUUAGUGUGAGUCAGCUGUUUUGAGUCCAGAGCUUUGCAGUCAGGUUGAGCUAGUACCUGGAUCUUGGUUCCUAAGGCUAAUAGCUAGGAAAGCUCUAGUUUUGGGGCUGAAAAACAAAUAUUACUUUCCCUGAGCAUUAUCUUGGUGACAAUAUCUAGAAUGGACUAGUAUUAUAUAGACAGACAUAGAUUAAAAGUUUUUGGAAAGACUUCCAGAGUUACUAACAAUGAGGAUUGGAAGGAAAGGGCAUUUCUUUUUGGCUUUUCCUUGUUUACAUUACACUUUAAGGAUUGGGUUGAGAUAGAGACAAGUGAAAUCCCUCCACCAUCAGUUAAGUCCUUUACUGAUAGCUAGCACAUCCUUUCCCCAAACUGCCAGAUUGAAAUCUUGCUGAAAGGUUUACUGAGUAAUAGGAGGCUAAUUGCUGGUGGUCACCCCAGGGUGGCUUGGCAUCUGGUGUUGAACCUGCUCAAGUAGUUACAUGCUCAAGAUUGGGUGCAAGGAAUCCCUCCUAUCAGGUACUAAAAUUUAAUGUGUUCYGAAUGUCUCUUACAAUAAACCAAAAUGGGAUAGCAUACACACAUCUGUAGUGUUGAACAAUGUAUCAGGGUAGUUUGUACCCUGUUGGUCAGACAUUGAGAGUGUGCAGCAUGAGAGCAGAGCACUAUCUUACUAUCUACACUUGGGUUGACUGUGGAGGACUGCUGUUUUUCAUUCCUACAUUCCUCCCUGUCCCCACUUUUUUCCUUUUCUCAUUCUUGAAUUCAUUGUUUUGUGAGAUCUGAAAUCAAGGAUCAUUUGAGAAAUUUUAAGGUGUUUUUUUUCUGACCAGUUGCCACAUGAUUUGCUUGAUUCUGAGCCAGCAUAAAUGGCAUAUGGUCCGUUCUGCUAAAUAGUGACCCCAGUGUGUGUGGCGGGGCAAGCUCACUCCAUGGCUGGGGAGCAGGUCUUGGCCUUUUUCAUAUGAGUAUAGUUCUGUGUCCUGUCCUGUGACCUGGGCCCUGAGAUUUUCUCUCGGCAUCUUAACUGCAUUCUCAUGGAGGCAGAGACAAACCAAGACCAGUGAGGCCCAUUAUUCUCCUGGCUAGAUAAACCAGCCACCAACAUGAAGGCAGCUUGGGGCUGGCUGGACACAGGUCCAAGGCCUACCUUUUUUCCAGGUAGAGCUUUCAUCACUGAACAAGGCUCUCUCUACCUGGCUAGAUGCCAAACCUUGGCCAUGGUUCAGGCCUGGAUAGAUUGCCUGUGUCCUUAUCAUUGAUCUGGCCAAGGAUAAAGACCUCCUAACACCUCUAAUCUUCCUUCUCCCAGGACUUGAUGGGCUUUCCCAUUUACUUUAGACCUCAUAUACCCUGAAGAAGCUCUGAGAACCAAUUUGGUAUCUUCUUUGGGUCUCUUCUUCUUGCUGAAAGGAAACUAGCCCUAUGCAUUCUAUUGAGUGAGUCAAGAAUUACAUUUGGGCAGUUGCUGGUUUCUAGGUUGAUCUCUGCUGCCCAUUAAGACCCCAUCGUAGGCCUCUGUGAGGUUUCAAUGGCCACAGAAACCAGAGGGUCCAGAAGAGACCUGCCUGGCCCCCCAGCUGACAACUGUUCAGCCUUGCUUUAGCUCCAGCCACUUGUGACAACCAACCUUAUUUCCUUACAGAUUCCAGCAUGUGACUUUGGUGCCCUGUUGUUACUUGUGAAAAGCCUAUUCUGUUGUCUUUGAUGUAGUCAAAAUUCAUGUAGUUUACGUAAAAAAAUCUGAUUCACAAGGAAGCCAACUAUGUGUCUUGUGUUGGGACAAUUCAUAAUGUAGUUCCUAGACCACUUUUGCAAAUUGUUCUUGUCACCAAAUGUGUUCAGACAUUGCUGUGCAGUUGUGGGUGAGGGUGGGGGGAAGGUGAGGAAGACAAUUCUGUGGCUUUUGUUUUUUACCUUCCCCAAGAGGGGAUAGUCUGGCCAACUUG